AUGCCUGGUCCCUGUGAGGUCUGCUCUUCGGAGCCCUCCAAAUAUCGCUGUCCCACAUGUCAACUGAUGAGUUGUUCACUUGCGUGUACACAGGCGCAUAAAAUAUACUGUGCUUCCACAGCACCCUCGAAUCAGGGAUCGACCACCCCAGCACCCCAGAUCGAGCCACCCCAGAACGACGCAGUCGAAAAUGCUGAAGCGGGCUCCACGCCCGCUGCAUUCAAUCCUGCAGCGACAGCGACAUCGCCGGAGAUGAAAGCGCUUCUCGAGAAGCACCCGCAACUCCGGGACCAGCUUCAGGAGCUGUACCAGUCGACACUGGAAGAGGAAUGGGUGGAAUCAUACACCGCACCCGCGCGAGGCCGUGGAAGAGGCCGUGGCCGGGGUCGUGGGGGAAUGACAUCCCGCAGUCGGGGCCCCUGGACAUCCGAGAAAGGGUUUAACCGGGGGUUAGGCAGGGUCCGCAAGCUCAGACAGGAUGGCGAGGACGGAAAGGAGACUGGUCAGGUGGCGGAGGCCUUCAUGCGGUUCAUGGCACUCGUCAAUCACGGACAGGAAUCUACUGUAUGA